GCCCACCGGCCCGGCCUUAUCUCAUGCAAAAUAUACACAUUAUUAUUCCAAAUGCCUCGUCAAACUCGGUGAACUCACCACUUCCUUCCUUCCCCUCUUUCUUUCUUUCUUUCUUUUAUCUAAUUUCAUUUUAGAUUGUAGAAAUGGAUGCUCACUACCACUCCAAAAUCUUUCCAAAGGUUACUCUCAUAAUUCUUUCACUUGUUAUGACAACUGCAGCUUCGCGACCACUCGCCGCCACCAGCGCCUCCGCCGCUUUAUCCAAAACCAGCAUGGUCACGGUUCUCAGCCUCGACGGCGGCGGAGUUCGUGGCGUUAUUUCCGCCACCAUACUUUCAUUUCUUGAGCUCAAGCUUCAGGAACUAGAUGGACCUGCGGCGCGCAUUUCGGAUUAUUUUGAUGUGAUCGCUGGAACAAGUACCGGAGGGUUGAUGGCGGCCAUGCUUGCUGUUCCUGGUGAUGACGGGCGGCCGCUAUACACUGCAAAUGAUGUUAAGGAAUUCUACUUUUAUCAUGCUCCAAAGAUUUUUCCUCUUAAAAGCCGCAUCGAGUUCUUAAAUAAAGUGGCAAAUUUCUUUGGCGAGGUUAUGGGACCAAAGUACGACGGCGAGUAUCUCCGAGCAAUAGCUAGGGAAGUAUCGCAAAACACAACUCUCAAACAGACACUAACGGAUGUCAUCAUACCAACUUUUGACAUCAAACACCUUCAGCCCAUGAUCUUCACUACAGAUGAUGCAAAAGAGUUCGUUUGGAAAGAUGCUCUCUUAUCAGACGUAUGCAUCGCCACUUCGGCGGCUCCCACAUAUUUCCCACCUCAUUAUUUCGAGACAAGUAAUGCCGAUGGAACCACGCGAGAAUUCAAUUUGGUUGAUGGCGGAGUUGCGGCCAAUAACCCUACACAAAUGGCGAUCACACAUAUAAUGAAGGAGAUCUUGAUGGGAAAGCACAAGUUUUCCGAUAUAGAGUCCAUUGAUGGCAGACAAAUGCUUGUGCUUUCACUCGGCACCGGUAUGCCCAAACGCUCGGAGAGAUAUGACGCCCACAAAGCUUCCCGAUGGGGUUUGCUCAAUUGGGUCUUCGACAAUGGUUCGUCUCCGAUAUUUAAUAUCUAUAGCGAUGCAAGCUCCGAUAUGGUCGAUAUUCAUGUCACCACUCUCUUCCGAUCCCUCAAUGCACAAAAGAAUUAUCUACGCAUUCAGGAUGACAAUUUGGAAGGGGACACGUCAUCGGUAGAUAUCGCUACGGAUGAGAACAUGAAAGCACUCGAGGACAUCGGAAGAAAACUAUUGAGCGAGAAGGUGUCGAGAGUGGAUUUAGAGACCGGCAUAUUUCAAGAAGUGGAAGGAGAAGGCACGAAUUCAGAAGCUUUGACUCGUUUUGCUAGCUUGCUGUCUGAAGAGCGAAAACGCCGGCGAAGUAAAUGAUUUGUUUGAUUCCAUGGGAUCGUUUCGAGCUCAUACUAGCGUUCGGGUUUACAUAAUCAAAAUCCUUUUUAACGUGCUUGUAACUGGAAAACUGGUAAUUGUACUUGAAGAUUUUGAUUAGUUGAAUUUGUGUGAAGUUCGAAAAUUGAGUACGA